AUGUCUCUAGCUAAGCGACAUGACGGCACUUCGAUGGAUGGUGCAUUCGAUAUAAGGCCCCGACUCUCACUUGUUGCUUGGGCAUCACUUCUCACAGAGGCUUACCCCGGCCGUGAGGUUCGACGGUGUGCAUCUAAAGGUAAAUCUGCCGUCUGUCUUCCCUCAGCCGCGGUGAUUGCCCACCGUGAUACCCUUAUAUAG